CGCCCGGGCGGCUGUUUUGCCGCGGCCUCCGCCGGGGCAGCUAAAGGGCAGGGCGUCCUGGCCGUCUUUGCCGCUUAUCUCGGCUCGCAGCCCCGCUGCCUGCGCAGCCCCGCCCGCCCCGAGCCGAGGCGGCGGCCGGGGCCGCAGCGGGGCCGCAGCGGGGCCGGAGGGGGACGGGGCCCCGGUCCCGGGGGUGGAGCCGUCGCCGGCCGGCCCCGCCCGCGGUCCGUGCGCGGUGGCGUCACGGCGUGCGGGUGGUGCUGCCGGUGGCCGAGGGCGCCGGGCCAUGGCCUCGUCCGUGGUGCGCGCCACGGUGCGCGCCGUCAGCAAGCGCAGGAUCCAGGCGAGCCGCGCCGCCCUCACGCUGACCCCUUCUGCUGUCCAGAAGAUAAAAGAGCUUCUGAAAGAUAAACCUGACCAUGUAGGUGUGAAAGUAGGUGUUCGUACAAGGGGAUGCAAUGGACUUUCUUACACAUUAGAAUACACAAAAUCAAAAGGAGAUUCUGAUGAAGAAGUAGUUCAAGAUGGGGUUAGAGUGUUUAUUGAAAAGAAGGCGCAGCUGACACUUCUAGGAACUGAAAUGGACUAUGUAGAAGACAAACUGUCCAGUGAAUUUGUCUUCAAUAAUCCAAACAUCAAAGGAACGUGUGGCUGUGGAGAAAGCUUUAACAUCUGAAAUCUCAGGACUACUUCUUUGACUUUCAGCAGCCCAAAACACUUACCAUCACAGCUUUCAGAAGCAUAUGCGUUUCCUUCUGGUUUGUAGGCUGCGUAAAGUGGGGAUACUAUUAAGAAAAAUAAACUUAAAUAUUUGAAAAUAUAAACUUUGUGUUAAAUUCCACCACUGAUGUAGUUAUGCUGUAAUUUGUGAUGAGUUAGGAUUUAAAAGGUAAGAACAGUAAGUACUGCAGUAACAACUCUGUAAUUUCACUUGCCAAGGAAAUACAAUGUCACUGUUCUUUUCCUCUGUCAUUUUCUUUGUCAGUCCUACUCAUACUUCCUCAUUCAAAACCAUUUGAAAGAAUACAUUGUGUUGUGCUUUGAUUUGAGGAAAACAAACAAACCAAUGAAAAAAAAUUGCAACCAUUUCUGUGUAUUUAUAAAAAUUUAUACAUACAAACUCACAGUCCUUGCUUACUUUGUAGUUUUCCUGUGCUUUCAUCUUUUACUAGUGCAUUUUCAGGUGGUUUAUUUUCCCUUAAAUUCAGGGAAAUAAAAAUGUUCUUUGUGUAUUAAUAUAGUGGUAGGCUAUGGUAGUGCCUGUUGUAGAAAUGCUUUGAAGAGGGCUAGCCUAAUUUUAAUUCUUUUCCUUUCUUUGUUGAAGGCACAGUCACUGCUGUACUUGGUCAUUUUCAGAGUAUCUGGGCACUGGAGGGCUAAAAAAUUAUACACAGGCCUUGUUUUUCACAUUUCAGGUUUUUAUCUCUCCUCAGUUAAUUUGCAGGGGUGGUAAAACUGCUUCCACAUUCUCAUAUCCCAUGUUCACAGAAUGUGCUGUGUUUGCACCAAAAUUGAUGAAAAUUUUGUUGAGAGACAAAUCUCAAAUUUCUCAUUACUUUUUUUUCUUUUUUGUAAUCAUGAGUGCUACUAAUUUUGUUGGACUUUGAACUCUUUUUCAUAACUGUCUAGGUAGGAGAACUUUUUCACCAAAGUUUAUGGUCCCUUCUGUUUAACUCCUGUCUUGGAUUUAACUUGAUAACAGGAGAAAAAGCAUUUUUAAUUAGAAAAAGCCCUUAGUAUUUCGUAUUACUUUUAAAUUAAUAUAGACAGUAAUUAAAAUACCGUAAGAGUCCAUUUUUUCUUUGGAAUUUAUCAAUAUUUGGGUUUGUAAACAAGUGUCUCGCAAGCUUAUACAGUUCUUCAGCAGUUCUUCAUUGGUGCUGAGACAGAAGUGUAAAUGUCUCUCCAGACCUUCCCAAAACCUGGUAUGAGAGAGGAACUGUUCCACCCUUUUAUCUCCUGAUUAUCCAGAGAUGACAUUGUACAGUUCAGGUGCUCACUUGUGCAGAAAAGGUCACAUGUCUGCUUGAGUAACAAGCAGGUGAAACAGCUGGUGAAAAUGCUGCAAAUAAAAAAUAGAGGGACAGCAGGAGUCUUGCAGGUGUUGAGAUGGGAGUGAUCUAAGAUCAUUAAUGCUGCGUGUUGAAAAUCCAGAAGUCAUCUUGAUGUGGACAGCUGUACCCACAUGCUUCUCACCAAGUGCUGUAGAUAUAGGAUUGCACCUACAUUUUGCUUCUUCCCUCUGCAUCUUUUCCCAGGGCAAAGGGAAGAAUAAAAAUCAAAAAAUAGAAAAUUAUGCUUCAUCUGCUUUAUGUAGUGCACAGGAACAGAAGGUCAGAAUUACUUACAGUCUAAUAGUAAAUACUUGAAUUUUGGUUGUAUAUCACCUUUUGAUGUAAAGACACUAUUUCCUUUAACAGUCAGCUGUUGCACACAGUUACUUAUAUGGUCAUUCAGGAAUUAGUGGUAAUACACUGGUGAAGUGCAUCUAUAGUGGUGUAACUCUUUCACUCUUGCCAAACAAAAACAUGGAGUUCAUGUGACAUAUUUGCAUUACAUCUAAAACUAAAACUCCAGGCUAAGGGCAUUUCUUCAGAUUGAAUUUCUCUGCUUCUUGCUAGAGAUAAGACUUGGAAUGUAACACUGGUGGUUGCUAAGAGAACUGGUACUUACUCAUUUAACUUUAGGGUGGAGAGAAUUGGUUUGAAGUUAAUUACAGACCUGUGGCAUGUAUAGCAAUCCUUUUUGUGUGUUUGUGUAUGCCUUGAAUGAAAGUUUGCACUUUUGUACUCCCAUGAAGUAAUCAUCUUAAGUUGUCACCUUACUAAGACAACUAAUGCACAAUGUGUUAAACUUCUAAAGUGCUAUUUACAGUUGCAUACAAACUGUAUAGUUUUCUUGAUUGGUCCAUGAUAAUUUUGUGCAACAAUGUAUGUAGAGUCUUCAAUUAUAAUAAUAAAUAUAGCCUGUUGGUAACCAUUAAA